AGGUCAUGUUGGUACUCCUGAUACAUCUGGAGGUCAUGUUGGUACUCCUGAUACAUCUAGAGGUUAUGUUGGUACUCCUGAUACAUCUAGAGGUCAUGUUGGUAUUCCUGAUGUAUCUAGAGGUCAUGUUGGUACUCCUGAUACAUCUAGAGGUUAUGCUGGUACUCCUGAUACAUCUAGAGGUCAUGUUGGUACUCCUCAUGUAUCUAGAGGUCAUGUUGGUACGCCUGAUACAUCUGGAGGUCAUGUUGGUACUCCUGAUACAUCUAGAGGUCAUGUUGGUACUCCUGAUACAUUUAGAGGUCAUGUUGGUACUCCUGAUGUAUUUAGAGGUCAUGUUGGUAUUCCUGAUGUAUCUAGAGGUCAUGUUGGUACUCCUGAUACAUCUAGAGGUUAUGUUGGUACUCCUGAUACAACUAGAGGUCAUGUUGGUACUCCUGAUGUAUCUAGAGGUCAUGUUGGUAUUCCUGAUGUAUCUAGAGGUCAUGUUGGUACUCCUGAUACAUCUAGAGGUUAUGUUGGUACUCCUGAUACAUCUAGAGGUCAUGUUGGUACUCCUGAUACAUCUAGAGGUCUUGUUGGUACUCCUGACACAUCUAGAAGUCAUGUUGGUAUUCCUGAUACAACUAGAGGUCAUGUUGGUACUCUGAUACAUCUAGAAGUCAUGUUGGUACUCCUGACACCUACCUGA